ACACACAUUCAUUCCGGUGUGAAAAAUAAAAAUGGCUGUAAAUAUCUCGAUAUCCGAGGGUUCGCGGCGAAAAGUGACAGUUUGACGGUGUUUUUCGGAAAAUUCUACCCCAAAAGUUGGUGCCGUACGUGCCGGAAGGGCGGCCGGACAUCCGGCGCGUGAAAUUGGCCGGUUUCGGGCCCGCCGGAAGUGGUUUUGACGGCAGAUUCGCGGAAGAACCUUUUUUUUUGACAGACGAUUCGUGUGGCGGUGUGUGUGCGAGUUGUGUGUUCAGUGAGCGUUUUUCGAGAGGGGACAAUUUUGACAGUGAAUGGAGUAUUUUUUUAUUGAAUAAAAAUUUUGAACGAAUUUUCGUGAAAAGAGAAUUAUCGAGUGCCGGCAGAGGAGCGGGCAAGUGUGAGGAGGUGAAAACAUCUGCGCGAUCGUAAAUAAGUGAUGGAAGGCAAAGGAGAAAUAUCAAAUAAGUCCAUUAUCUUCUUCAAUACCUGAGGAGAGUGUUCACGACGACGACGACGACGAAGGCAAGGCAUGUUCACACAGCCAAACCAAAGCCAGCAGCAGUGUGCUAAAGAAUAAUUCAAAUAAUCGAUAUCGUUUGGGAGAAGCUACAUGUCGUCGUGAGAAGGCAGAAAUCGGAAAUAUCUGGUUUUGCUGGAAGAGCAGCUCGUCGGAGCGCAAUCAGAGUCUGCUGUAUCUGUGAGUGUGUCCACAAGUGAACCCAGCUGAAAAGUGGCAAGAAAAAAGCAGGAAGAACGAGUGAAUCAACACAAGAAGAAGUCGCUGGAAUAACCGUGGCGUGGUGUGUCGAAGGAAGCAAUGAUCCCAGAGUGAUGUAAGGAGACACACGUCGAAAAAAGAAAAAAGAAAAAAGGAAAAUCACGUGCAAAACGCUAGAAGGAAAAAAUAAAGGUCUGCGAAGAAAGUGUCGUCGUUCAUAACGAGGGCGAAGCGCGCAAAAUCUGGUUUUCUCUCACCCCCCGGGAGAAGACCGUCGACACCGUAGACCCGUUCCGUCCCCCCGUAAGCCGUCAAAAUAGGGAAGAUGGACAAGGACGGGGACAAGAAGGGGGGCGACAAGAAAGGUGGGCAGUCCGGAGCCGGCUUGGGAGGCGCAGCCGGUGGUCCGGAUCCUGCCUCACUCCUGGACGCCGCGUCGCUGUUUGCUUACUGGGGUCGCGAUCCCUCGGCGAUGGCCGCGGCUGCCUCAAAUUCGGCCCUGUUUGGGUCCCAGUUUGGGAUGCCCGGGGGCCUCGGUGGUCUAAUGCCAAAUGCGGCUGCGGCCGCCGCAGCAGCAGCAGCAGCCACCGGCGCUAGCGGCUCGGACCGGUUCCAGAUGGGUCAGCACCCGAACACGAUGGCGGUGGCCGCGUCGCAGGCCGCUUCGCUGGCCGGGUUGCACAACAGUUGGUGGUCAAUGGCCCAGCUCGCGGCCCAGGACUACUUUGCCCGGCUGCAGGCGUCGGGGAUGGCCGGCCAGAUGCCGUUUCCGCACGGGGCCGACCUGGCCAGUGCCUUCCCCGGGGGUCUAGGUGGCCUCGGUGCGAUGGGCGGUGCCGGAGCGGGUGGUGGCGCCGGAAGUGGUGGCGCAGGAGGUGCUGGCGGUGGUGGUGGUGGCGGUUCCAACGGAAAGGGCGGAGGAGGUGGAAAGGGCAAAAAGCGAGACCGGAGCAGUAACAGCAACAGCAGCAACGCCAGCAGUACGGGAGGAGCCGGUGGAGGUGGUGGUGCCGGAGGGGCCAACUCGGUGGGUGGCUAUAAGAACUCAUCCUCCCCAUCGGUAUCGCAAGCCGCGGCAGCGGCCGCCUACAAGCAAUCCCUCUACAGCCAAGCCACUCUGCACAAAGAACUGAUGGCCAUUACGGCGGCGGCAGCCGCUGCCCAGCAAAGCCCUUCCGGCAACAGUGGAGGAGGUGGUGGCGGCGGCGGAGGUGGAGGCGGUUCAUCCAAGUCAAAGUCCUCUUCCGGAGGAAGCAAUCGCGGCAGCUCGGGAGGCAGCUCCAACGACAUCCUCUCGAUGACGCGCGGCUCUUCGGCGUCGCCGUCGGUCAACUCGUCCAAAUCGCAAGGCCCCUCGCCGAGUGUCACAAUCAGUGCCAGCAACAUGUCGGGUGGGAAUCACCUGCAGGGGAUGGGCGGCGGCGGUGGGGGUAGGUCCGGGAAGGACGGGAAGGGUGCUGGUCAGAACAUGGCGGCGGAUUUGGGGCUGAGCGCGUCGAUGAACGCGCUGAACACGCUGUCGCAGUUCGGGAACUUGGAUCUGAGCUCGCCGCAGAACGUGACGGCCACGAUGAACGCGCUGGCCGCGAGUUCGGCCAAGGCCAAGGACUACAUGUCGUCGGGGAUAUUGAAUGAUCCGUCUUCGUUGCUUGGAGUCCGGCUGCCGCCGGAUACGGAGAUCAUCAAGUACACCAGCUCGAUCGUGGGCGGAGGUCCCAAAGGUUCGAACAACAGCAACAACAGUGGAAAUAGUGGAGGUGGUGGAAGUAGUCGUAACCGGAACAAGAACAAGACCGCUCCAAUUGAGGAAAGUUCGCUGUUUGCUCAGCUGCAUGGAAUGAGUACGGCCAAGCGGGCACGAAUGGAUCCGAAUGACUAUAGUGGCGGACAGGGGACGACUGGAACUAGUGGUGGAACGUUGACUUCGGGUGGUGGAAGUGGUGGUAACAACGACCGGAUCGAGGUGAUCAAGCUACCUCCGACGAUCACGUCGAACGGGGUGUACAACACGGGAAAAGGAAAAGACUCGAUGGCCGACCAGAUCAACGACUGGGCCGGACUGAAUCUCAGCGGAAAAGGUUCGUCGGCGAUGGCGAAUUCGCUGGCCGCGGCGGCAGCUGCCGUGGCCGCCGAGGCCCAGGACGACGCACCGCUCAACCUGUCCAUGAAGUCAUCCAAGUCGGAUAGCCGCGCCUCGCCGGCACCUUCCCCGGCCGGUUCGGGCUCCACGCCCAGUGCCAACAGCUUGCAGAGCUUGAGCACGAUCACGGCCGCGCUCGGAGGUUCCGGUGGCAACGAUACGCCACGAUCUCGUCGCAAGUCCAACAAUAAGAACCGCUCGUCUGCGGCGGCCGCGGCCGCAAUGGCCGACGCCGCGUCUUCGCUGGCGGCCGCUGCUGGCAGUGCUUCCGGGGCCAACAACAACAGCAGUAUCAGUUCGCUCCUGAUGGCUGCCGGCAGUGGCAGCGGUGCCAACGCCGGCAACGGAACUCAACCGGCCGGCGGAAGUUCUGCCUCCGGAGGGGCGGCUGCGACGACCGCCGGUGGUAACGGAAGCGGUGCCAACAAUCAUCUCGCCGCCCAGCUGGGCCUGAACAGCUCGCUGUCCGAGCUGUUGAAGAUCUCCAACUAUGAGGAGUACGAUUACGCGGGCCUCUCCGGAUCCCAAUUCAAGGAGGGUCGACCGCGCAACCUCGGCCGUGGCGUGUCCAAACCCAAGAAGAACACCGUGGCGUCCCUGUUGGCGCAGAGCCGGGCCGUCGGCUCGAAACCGCUGACGGCGCAGCAACUGCUCACGCAGGAAGCUGAAAUUGAAAAACUCCGCCAGGCAAUGAUCGAAGCUAGUCAAUCGAUGGAGAGUACGUCCAACACCAACACCGAUACCGAGAGCGUCGCCGAGUCCGGCAUGUCCGAGUCCGAGGGCGAGGAGCAGAUCAACGUGAAGGAGCUGCGCGUCCCGCUCGAGAAGGGCUGGCGCCGCGAAACCGUCAUCCGCGGGCUCACCAAGAACGGCCAGAUCAAGGGCGACGUGUUUUACUAUCCGCCGCAGAGCCUCAACAAGAUGAAGGGCAUGAACCAGGUGCAGCUGUACCUGGACCAGUUCAAGCCCAAGGACCUCACCCGGGACAACUUUAGCUUCUCCGCGAAAGCGAUCGUCGGGACGUUCCUGCAGCCGGCGCCCCCACCGUACGCCACCGACGGCGAGUACAUCAAGAUGACCGACGUGGAGGUGGCGCGCCGCCUCGAGGAGCUCAAGAUGUUCACGCGCCACACGGCGCUCGGCGUGGAGCAGCGCAUCGAGAUCGCCAAGCAGCAGCAGGCGCUGCGCGACGCCAAGAAGAUGGCCAAGGACGAGAUCAGCAAGAACAAAGAGAAGGCUCGUCAGGCAAAGGAAAUUGAGCGCAACGAACGGCUCGAACAGCAGCGCAAGGAACGGGAACUGAAGAAUCAGCAAGCGAUGGAGGCUAAACGAAAGCGAGAGGAAGAGCUCGCCCGCCAAAAAGCCGAAGAAGCUGCCCGGAAGCAACAGGAGAAAGAGCUAAAACGACAGCAAGCACUGUUACAGAAAGAACAGGAACUCGCCAAACAGAAAGAGCUGAUGUACGCCGUUGAAAUGGAGCGAGAACGACGACGCCAGCACAUGACGCUGAUCAAGCAGCUCGAACUUCGCCGCAAGUUUGAGGAGAAGGAAAAGAAGAAGCAUCAGGUCAUCCUGGACAAGCUGAUCCAGCGCGAGAGGAAGCUGACGAUGCGCAAGCGGGACACCAGCAUUCUUCAGGAACUGAGAAAACCCCAAGAGGACACGGAAAUCGGCGACCAACCGGUGCUGCCGAACCUGCCGCGAAUCCCAGGACUCAAACUGACCGGCACCGGCUUCGCUGACCUGCUGAUGGUGUUUGAGUUCUUGCACAACUUUGGCGAGACGCUCGGCUUUAGCGAGUCCACAGACAUGGAAGCCCUUCCAACGCUGCAGUCGCUCCACUCAGCUCUCACCUGCGAAAACGCAAUCGAAGCCGAGGAAGAGCUGCUUUCCGUGAUGACGCACCUGCUCGUGUGUGCCAUCGAAGAUCCGGGCAUUCCGAACCCGGGUCGGCACACGACGCUGCUCGGCCAAACCCUGCGCCAGGCGGACAUUACCCACUCGAACGUGUCGGAGAUCCUGCGGAUAUACCUGUACGCGGUAGCUCACGGCGAGGUCAAGCAGCAGAGUGGAAUCAGCUUGGAGCGCGAGCGCGAGCGGCAUCACCUGCCCACCGAGGAGGACAUCAAGACGGCCAGCGACAAGAACAGGCAGUUUUACGAGCUGCUGUCGGAGAACCUGCGGUACAAGCUGUCGGAGCUGCUCAAAGACAAACCGUUUGUGGCGCUGAACCCGACGACGAAGGUGCAGAUCCUGGCCAUGUUGUGCAACGAUUUGCUGCUGAACAAGGCGGUUUGCAAGCAGAUCGAGGGAAGUCUGGAGACGCAGGCUCAGCUGAAGAAGGAGCGCUACCUGCUGGACAACAAGAUCAGGAAGUACAAGAUGUUGGUUGCGAGGAAGCAACGGCUGGAGCAGUACGAGAAGGCUCAAGCUGCUGCGCUGGAAAAGUCCCUGCAGAUGAAGGCUGCCGAGGAGGCGAAGCGGGCAGAGGAAGCGGCAGCGGCUGCAGCCGCGGCGGAAGGAAUCGUCAUCGCUCCACCGACUGGAGAGGACAAUCAGGCGUCUCAGACGCAACCGCAGCAAACAGGGGAGGAAAAGACUGAAGGAGGCGAGGGUGAAGUUCUGGACGCAACGGCACCACCGACGACCGAUUCUGCGCCAGUUCCGGCCGAGGUCGAGCAGAACCACAAAGACGAAACGGUGCUGAAUCCUAGCCAAGAAUCUCUUCCACCGCUCAACAACGGCACAAUCACCCCGAUGGAGGACAGUCCCAUCAAAGCCCCACCAACGCCACACCAACUCGAGGAGUCAAAGUCCAAGGAGUUGAGCUUCUCCGAGAUGGGUGACAUGUCCCAGCAGCACGCACCCGGUGGCGACGUUGACCAUUCGUUCUCCAAGUCGAUGACGAUGCACCACGAGCAUGCGCCGAGUGAGCGUAACGACGACGACAACAGCGACCUGGAGAGCGAGGGAACGCAACUGGAGGAGGACGAGGACGCGCAUCUGACGGCCGAGGAGGCCCAGCGGAAGUACGACAAGAUCCUGGAGACGUCGUUCCAGAACAAGAGUCAGCUGGAGUACGCGUUGAACCAACUCCGGGUCAAGUGCUUCGGCCAGGAUCGCUACUGGCGCCGGUACUGGUGUCUGCCCAAGUGUGGCGGCGUUUACGUCGAGGCGAUGGAGUCGGCCCAACCGGAUGUGUGCAAAUACGAGUGUGCCCUCGAGGAGGCUCAUGCUAGUCAGGAAGCGGCCAAGGCAGAAGCUGCUGCGGCUGAAGAAGCGGCUGCAGCUGCCGCGGCCGAAGCCGUUGCAGAUGCGGCAGAUGAAGCGGAGGGCAUUCCGCGGUUCAUCCCCACGAUAGCGGACAUUGUGAAGCGCGACCGGGACAAGAACAAGGAGAACAAGGACGCGAAUGAGUUCCCGUCGCACCACAUCGGUGGGCUUGAAGAGCGAAAGCGGAAGCGAAGUGGUCGGAGUAAAAAGAAGCACGACUUCUUCAACCAGGAGUGCACGAACGACAGCGAAUCGCAGGACGUGCAGGACGAGGACAACUCCCGAACCAGUUUCAGCAACUGCGAGGAGACUCGGACGGAUUCGCAGUCCGAAGCGGAACACGCACCGGCUCCGGUGACCCCAGUCGCCCCACCGGUAAUCGAGGAACAUCCAAAACCCGUGAUUCCACCACCGGUCCCCAUGGUCCAGGAACCUCCUGUUCCACCUCCGAUCAUGCUGGGAGCAGCGAAGAAGAAGCGCGAAGACGAUCACCUGAUGGACAUCGAAGAUUCGAUCCCGACGGCGAUUCUAGUACAAAAGGGCAACAACCACGACGAGACGAAGAUUGUCGAGGUGAACAAUCAAAUUGGCGGCGUAAACUUGAACAGCAGCCGAGGACCGCAGGAAGACAACGACGUCCAGCUGGUGCAGGAGGAAACCCCCACGAUCACCAUUCCGGACGACGACACCGAGAGUGGCGAUCAGCCGUUGCGCGAAACCGAACAGCCAGCGGGACUGACGACAAACGGUGGCGGUGGAGGCGUCGGCGACGCCGGCAGCAACUGUGAUAUUAAGCCAAAACUGGAGAACGGCGAAAUUGGCGCUGACGAGGAGAUGGAACUCGGCGAGAUCAAGUCCGAGGAGCGCAUCAAGAAGGAACUCAACUCGGACCAACCCAUGGACCGGUGGUUCUCGAUCGUGGACAAGGAACUUCCGCUCGCUAGUACCGAGUGUCCGCUGCCGUCGAUUAAGGGCACCACACCGUCGUCCGUCGCCCGCCAAGUGUAUACGAACAUUACCUGUCGGGAGAUUUGCCAGAUCCAGGGCAACCGAUGGGACAUCGGCAACAACAUUCAGUUCUUCAGCGUGCCGCUGGAAAAGAUGGUUGAGAUUCACUUUAAAAAUGAAUCGAUCCUGUCGCUUUCCGGCCUCGACGAGGACGAAAUGGCCGAUGUGAUUGCCAAGAAGAUCAAGCUGGAACCAGCGGCGGAGUCGGACACGAAGCCAACGUUGAUCCCGAAGCGGGAAUCGAUCGACGAAAGCCAGCUGGACGUUAAACCCGAUGUCAAGCAGGAGGGCGAACCCGAAGAGUACGGAACGUUCUCCCUGCCCGCGUACAUGACGCUAACGCUCAGCAACCUGACCGCGUACGUCCAGUGCGACCAGUUCCAACCGCUGCAGAUGACCCCCGAAGAGGAACGCCAGCUUGAAGAGGUGAAAGCGCGUGGAACCCUAGCGAAACCCGAAGUCAAACACGUCCCCAAGGACCUCCGCCACGGCUGGUGGAAAAUCAACGACAUCGAAGAGCUGAACGAACUGAUCAAGUCCCUAAACCCUCGAGGAGUCCGCGAGCGAUCUCUCCGCCAAAGUCUGCUCGAGUCCCUCCAGGAAAGCGUCAACCUGUCAACCCCCUUCCCGGUGGCCCACCCCCGCGCCCCCAUCACCAACUGGACCGAGUCGGAGGCGUGGAACGCGUGGAACCCGGCCAUCGCCCGGCGCGUUGAGAUCGCCCUGCUCGAUCAGAUCGAAGCCAUGGAGGACAAGGUCGCUUCGGCGUCCAUGCAGAUGAAGGGCUGGCAGGUGCCGCAGCGGGACGGCGACAGCGACAACGGCAUCGUCGAGGACGUCAGCAUCGAAAUGCUGCGCGAGCGCAUCGCCGGCCUCGAAUCCGCCAUCGAACGGCGCUACCUCAAGCCACCGCUCGGCAUCAACACGACCGAAGCCCAGAUGGCAGUGAUUGCCCAGCAGGAAGCGCACCACCACGCGACGAUGAACUCGUCCAACUGCUCAAACAGCUCCGAGGAUGAAAACAUUCCGAAAGGUCUCAUGUCCUGGCGCGACGCCGUAGAACGAUCGGUCACUACCGCCCAGCUGUCGAUGGCACUGUACGUGCUCGAGUCGUGCGUCGCCUGGGACAAGAGCAUCAUGAAGGCGAACUGCCAGUUCUGCCAGUCGGGCGAGCAGGAGGACAAGCUGCUGCUGUGCGACGGGUGUGACCGCGGCUACCACACGUACUGCUUCAAGCCACGGAUGGACAAGAUUCCGGACGGGGAUUGGUAUUGCUUCGAGUGUAAAAAUAAGGCCACCGGCGACCGGAAGUGCAUCGUGUGCGGAGGGUUGCGGCCACCGCCGCUCGGAAAGAUGGUCUACUGUGAGUUGUGCCCUCGGGCCUACCAUCAGGACUGCUAUAUUCCGCCGAUGUUGAAGUAUCCUCGCGGCAAGUGGUACUGCACCAACUGCAUCGGGAAGGCUCCCCCGAAGAAGAAGCCCCAGCGGAAGCCCAAGGAGAAGUCGUCCAAUCACAACACGUCGCUCAACCAGUCCAGCCUGAGCAAUCAGUCGGCCAACCAGUCGCUCAACUCGUCCCAUGAGGAAAUCCCCCAGCAGACGUCAGCCACGGCGCCCUGUCCGAUGACGUCCCCCACGUCGGCCACCACACCGUGCGGCGGAGUUGCCGGCCUGCAGACGACGACGGGCACCGCCGCCACCCUCGGAACGACGCCGUUAAGUCCAGCACAUUCAGUAGCAUCCACGACGACGACGACGACGACCCAUGAAGAGCCGUUGUCGACAGCGGCGACGACGGCAGCGACCGCGACGAACUCAGCAGAUUUCAGCCAGAUGACGAUGCCAACGCCAACACCGCCAGCAAUUGCAUUUCCGCAGUACGCGAACCUCGAGGGAACGCCCGUGUCGAGCGUACUCAACAGCUUCCAACUGCCGCCGCCACCCUCGACGGCCACCACCUUCGACGCCCAGCAGCAGCACUACCAGCAGUACUAUCAAUCUCAGCAGCAGCAGCAGCAACAGUAUUACCCGGAUUACGUUCCAGAAUCUCAACCACCCUCCUCGCAAUCUCAACCCGACAGCGGCGCGGCCGCCGCCGUCAACACCAGCAUGGACAACACAGCGGGCAGCUUGAAUGCCUCCUCGCUCGGUAGCAACGACGAUUCGACGACGGCAGAUCACCAACCUCAAGAGCAACACGGUGCCGCCGUGCCCUCAACGCCCACCUCGGGUGGUUAUUCACCAUCCGGAUCGACCUCGUACGACGAGCAGCACAACUCCGAGAAGCCACAGCAACCACAACACCAGGAAUCGUCGUCCUCGGAAGAGCAACAGCCGGUGCCGGCUCCGGCGUUGACGUCCUCGUCGUCGUCGUCCUCGCACAAAAAGGACAAAAAGGAUCGCGAUGAGGCGCGCGAGCAGGCCAAGAAGGAGAAGAAGGCCACCAAGAAGCUGAUGAAGGAGCUGGCGCCGUGCAAGGCGGUGCUGGAGGAGAUGGAGGUCCACGAAGAUUCCUGGCCGUUUCUCCUGCCCGUAAACACCAAGCAGUUCCCGACGUACCGCAAGGUCAUCAAGAACCCGAUGGAUUUGUCGACCAUCAAAAAGCGGCUGCAGGACAUGGUCUACAAAUCCCGCGACGACUUUAUCGGCGACGUGCGCCAAAUCUUCGACAACUGCGAGAUGUUCAACGAGGACGACUCGCCGGUGGGCACGGCCGGCCACGGCAUGCGCAAGUACUUUGAGCAGCGCUGGGCCGAACUGACGGAGAAGCACUCGGGUUCGUCAUGAUGCCACGCCCCACCUGCUGUGGCUGUGGCUCCCCCGUCGUCGGAACCGGAGCCUCCAGUUGAGGCUGAGGCUGAGCAAGGUGAGUUGGGUGCACAGGAGAGGCAGCGAGAGUCCUCGUCGUCGGAAGUGGUUGAGGGGAGUGUGGAGGCGACGUUGGCGGUAGCGGAUGAUUUAGGUUAGGUGAAUCUCGCCAAGCGAGAAAUUUGGGGGGAAAGUACCGUUGCAGUAUUUUUUCUUUCAAACCUUUUUAAAGCUUAGGUUUUUGUGUUGUCAAGCUGCACAGAUUUGAUUGACUUUUAGACGAAACGAAACGAAAACAACGGUUCAGUAUUGUUUGGCAAAAUACGGAAGAAGGCUCUAGCGUUUAAGACAAAGUUUGGAAACGAAACAAUUUUGGAACGAUGGAGGAGAGAAAAAAAUAUCAAAAUCAUUAAACUCAAAAACAAAACACAUAACUUAAAUGUAUUCAAAAAAACAAGAAAAUAGACUGUUUUACACAAGUAAUGGACAAACGAUAACUUAUUAAACUACAAAACAAGCUCCCCCUUUAACCUUUUAGCAUUAGAGUGCGCAGUUGUAUUACGAGAUAAAGUAUAAAAACCUUUCUAAAUUACACACUCACACAUCAAAUUUGGACGAAAACCUGGGUCGUCGUCACUCUUAAAUAAGGCAACAACAAACAAUUAAAUCAAUAUAUUUUCGUCCCCCACAAUAAUUCGGAGGAAACAUUGAUUGGACAACUCUAACCAAGAAGCUGUGUAAAUUAACGAAAUCUCCCCCUCCGUGUAAUCUUGCAAAGAGAUUGAUGUAAAUAGUAGCGUUUACGAUUGGUCCUCACCGCGUUUUUUUUCUUUCUUACCGUUUAAGUGCAAACACUGAGAAAAAUUGAAACGUUUUAAACAAAGGAAGGUGAUUUCAACGCAGUCUGAUUUUUCUAGGUUCAACUUUAUCGUUUCUCACACUUUCAGAGAAGGCUCUCUUUUGUCUGCUUUUUUAUAUGAAAAAAUAUAUAUAUUCUUAUUCCUAGUUGGUAAGGUAGGGAGACUACAAACACACACAAUAAACGUUUACACUUUAAAAUGGAAUCCCACACAACCACACACAAAGCGAGCGCGAAUGCGAGAAUGCGUUAUUUAUGAAGCUGAAAACAUAACAAGAAAAAUCACAUAACGUUAGGAAUUUAAAUGUUUUGUAGAGAGAUCUGGCAGAAAAAAAUAAGAUCGACUUAAGGCAUUAAAACUAAUUAUACUUGUACAUUGGAUUCGCUUCUCUAAAAUCCCCCUCUAAAAUAUAUCUAUAAUACGAAACUCAAAAGUAAACCCACUUUCACAACACUGACAGAAACGAUGAUUAUAUUUAUGAGACCCUCCCCCCCCCCCCCCCCCCCUCAAUAAACAAUAUUAAAAACAAAAUCAUAAUAAGCGCAGUAGUGAUUCAAUGUGAGAAAUACUGUCGAUGUACUGAGGAAAAAUAAAGUAAACAUUAAAAAAACGCAACCAAUUAGAUGCCGCCGAAACUUGCUAAACCACGUUGGUAGCGCGUAGAUUUUAAAACUCAAAACAGUUUGGUAAGUUCGUCCCACACAACAAUCACACAAACAGCAACACUUUUUGCGUUAAGGAUUUCUGUGCGCUAAAAAAAGCAAGAAAAUGGCAUUGACUUAUAGUGAAUUAAGACCGCCCCCUCCCUUUUCGUCUUUUUUUAAAUAUUGUAAUAAGCAUUGUAGUAUUCUUAAUUCUUAAUUUUUCCUUUCGUUUGAUUUGCGUCCAAACAUUGUGCUGAGAAGAGGUGAAGUUAUAAUAAAACUAAACACACAAUAGAAGAAAGAGUGUGUACCGGCAAGAAAAAAAAAAACACAGCAACAGCAAACAGUAACAACAACAAGUAUGUUAUUAUAAAUGUACAUAUUUUGAAGAUUUUGCUAGUAAGGUAACUAUAAAUAGAAUAAAAUUAUUGAUGAAUAUAAAAAAAA